GUCCGUUCCUCCUUUGCCGCCUCGCCUCUCCUCUCCUCUCCUGCUCUCUCCCCCUCAACCCAAACCCACCUUUCGGCCUUGCUCUUUCUCCUCGACUGGCUGGCUUUUUGGGCUCAACGGCGUUGUUUCCUUUCCUCCUAUCCCCUCUCCUCUCUUUGUCUCUCCUUUUAUUUCCACUUCCUUUACUUCCCGUCUCCUUUCAUCGGUCCCUUGCAUAUUAUUAUUGGAUCGAGUCUCGGACAUGCACAUUUGAUUCUCUCACCACCUGUAGCUAUCAUUGCAGUAUGGCCUGCUCCGCGCAAUCCAUGACCAUCGAGGCGUCCGAGGGAGUGGCCUCCGCUUACGCCGCCACUCCCACCGAAGACAUGGCUCUCCUGAGAGAUCGCCGCCGCAGACACUCCUUUCACACGGCCCGCAAGCUCUCCUGCGACUACGAUGCAGAGGCUGUCUUUUUGAGAGUGGAACUCUUCCUCGCCGAACUCGAGAGACGACUACACUGGCUCGAACAAUACCGCAAGUCACACAUGGACCAGAUUGAUGCCAGCCUGCGACGAGGAUAUUCCACCUUGGAGGCGGUGCGGGACUCCUGCUCGCAUGCCUCCGGGGAACUCAUGGGCGGUGGCAAGAAGAGGGCCAAGAUCUUGGUGGAAACGCUGGAGGACCGCUACAUGGAUGCCCUCGCGACGAAGGAGACCCUGGAACAGAAGGCCCAGGCCGGCGUGCGUCUGAUGGAGUCAUUUCUGGUCGAACUGGAGUCCCGCGCCCACGCCGUCCGGGACCGCGGGAUCUACGGGGCGCUGGACGAGGGAUGGAAGGCGGUCGAUUCGAAGCUCACGCACGCCCUUGAGGUUGUCGACGAGGGUAUGGAACGGGCCCGCCGAGCCAAGGACUCUCUGCGGGAGAGCAUCGACCGCGCAAUCCUGCUGGCCCAGGAGGAGCGGUUGAUCACGUAUGCGGAUCUCCCCCACCCGUGGCGGGUGAACCCGCACAUCCUGCAGGGCUACCGAUUCACGCACUCCAAGGUGGAAUGCUUUACCUCCGUGUUCACCUGCUCCAACGAACUGUUCAACAUCUGGUCACACCUAAUCGGGCUGUUCAUCGUGCUUUCCGUGGCCUUCUACUUCUACCCCCUGAACCCGAACUUCCACCUCAGCACCAAGACCGACAUCAUGGUGGCGGCGGUGUUCUUCUUCGCGGCCUGCAAAUGCCUGGUCUGCAGCACCCUGUGGCACACGAUGAGCAGCAUCGCCAGCCAGACGCUGAUGGAGCGGUUCGCGUGUGUGGAUUACACGGGCAUCUCGAUGCUGGUGGCGGCGUCGAUCGUGACGACCGAGUACACGGCGUUCUACUGUGAGCCGGUGUCACGGUGGACCUACAUCCUGCUGACGAUGUCCCUGGGUAUCGGAGGUGUCAUUCUGCCUUGGCACCCGACGUUCAACCGGGCUGACAUGGCAUGGGCCCGGGUGGCCUUCUACGUGUCGCUCGCAUUGACCGGAUUCGCCCCGCUCGCGCAGCUCACUUACACCCGCGGGCUUGAGUGGUGUCUGUACUUUUACGCGCCCGUGGUGAAGAGUGUCAUGGUGUACUUCGUCGGCGCUCUGGUGUACGCCUCGCAGGUGCCCGAGCGGUGGCGACCCGGUCUUUUCGACUACGUGGGCGGCAGCCACAACAUCUGGCACCUGGCAGUGCUAGGAGGGAUCCUGUUCCACUACUGCGCGAUGCAGGAUCUGUUCACCAAUGCGUUCCAGCGGGCGCAGGGCGAGUGCCCGAACUUGGCCAAGUAGGUCGCAAGGGAUCUGGGGUAUAGUAGAGGUGUGCCGUAUAGACGGGCUAGAGUAGACGGGUGGAGUUUAUUUUAUCUUUCUUGUAAAUAGUUGUCUAGCUGACUGCGGACUGACGGUCCAACUAGACGAACAUAGAUCGUUGGUGC